AUGUUCCAGGGGAGGAGCAUCAAGCUUUGGGAUCUGGAAAAGUUCACAAUGAUCGGCACAUUGGAAGGAGACACAUCUGCAGUCAGGUGUCUCCUCUUCAGCCCAGACGGCUCCUGCAUCUUCAGCGGUGCCUCAGACUCUCUGCGGGUGUUUGGCUGGGAGCCCGACCGUUGUUUUGACAUGGUUCCAGUCGGUUGGAGGAAAGUGUCAGACCUGGCUGUCUGUAACCAGCAGCUGAUCGGCGUGUCUCACCAGCUGUCCAAUGUCUCAUCGUACGUAGUCGACUUGAAAAAGGUGAAGACGAGCGUUGGCGCUGUGAUCCAGGGAAUAAUCCAGGACGACAAGCCUCUCACUGAGCCGAUGGAGCCCAGGGCGGCAGCAUUUCGUCGCAGCUAUGAUAGACCCAUAACCUCCUGCACCUCACACAGGGUGAGUCAGCGCUCAGAGGCUGACAGGAGGAGUCCUGAAGGAGAGAGACAAAGUCCGAAUGAAGACGAGGUUGAGGAGAAACACUUAUCAGCAGAGAUUCACAAUGCUGAACAAUACAAAGAGAUCUUCCAGCCGAAGAACGCCAUUUGUACGUAGAGAUGCUUCGUGAC